AUGAGCACCGGCGAGCUUCUCAGCAUCGAACCCCAAGAGCUCCAAUUCCCUUUUGAAUUGAGGAAGCAGAUCUCUUGCUCUCUACUUCUCUCCAAUAAGACCGAUAGCUAUAUAGCUUUCAAGGUAAAGACAACAAAUCCCAAAAAGUAUUGUGUUAGACCCAACACUGGGGUUGUGUCCCCAAGGUCUACAUGUGAUGUUAUAGUAACAAUGCAAGCACAAAAGGAAGCACCUUCGGAUAUGCAAUGCAAGGACAAGUUCCUUCUUCAGAGCGUAGUUGCUGGCCCCGGGGCUACCCCGAAGGAUAUCACUCCAGAGAUGUUCAAUAAGGAGUCAGGGCAUAAUGUUGAAGAGUGUAAGUUGAGGGUUCUCUAUGUUGCUCCGCCUCGGCCACCAUCUCCGGUUCAUGAAGGUUCGGAGGAAGGUUCGUCACCCAGGGCUUCAGUAGACAACGGGAGUGCAAUUGCUUCUGAGUUUAAAGCUGCUUCAAGAGCUUUUGCCGAGCAACAUGAGCCUCAAGAUAAUUCAUCCGAGACCAGGACACUAAUUGUGAGGCUGACUGAGGAGAAAAAUUCUGCUAUUCAGCAAAAUAACAGGCUUCAGCAAGAACUGAAAGCUUCAUUCUUCAUUAAAUGGCCUAGAAUUGAGCAUCUUGGUGAAGGUGGAGACAAGAUUGUCGAAUUGUGUGCUAUAGAAGGAAAAGGAGAACAUUGUGAAAAGUGA